GUUCACUCCACGCUUUAUGGCAACAGCCACUUAAUAAAUUUUUGUUGAUGUUGAUGGACGGGGCAUUGUAGACAAAAAAUUUCAGAACUUAAUUUAUUACGUAAAUUGAACACGUUAUUAACAGCAGAGUUUAAAAUUUUUAAGAAAAUUCAAUGUCUCGAAAAAAGCAACGAAUUGAGCUUGAUACUCCAAUUGUUAGAAAGCUUAAACCAAGAGGAUAUGAUGGUCCAAGUCUAAAGAAUGAUGAUGAUGCUAAAAGGAAAUAUGAUGAAGAUUCUGUAGCAGUCAAGAAACCUAAGAUGGAAAACAAUGGGGAAGAGUCUGGUAGAAACAAAGGAAGGGAGAGUCCCAAUAGUGCUCUGUACCAAGAAAAUCCCCUUCCACCUACUGGGCAAACUAUAAAGUCUAUAAAUCAAUUUAAUGGCUUGCCUCACACUGGACACUACUAUGAGUUGUUCAAAAAGCGAAUAACUUUACCUGUGUGGGAAUAUAAACCAAAAUUUUUUGAGAUGUUGAAGAAAAAUCAAAUUAUGGUACUUGUGGGAGAAACUGGAUCUGGGAAAACAACACAGAUUCCACAAUGGUGUGUAGAAUGGCUGCGUGAACAAGGUAUAAGAAAGGGUGUGGCUUGUACCCAACCUAGAAGAGUGGCAGCAAUGAGUGUAGCUGCUCGAGUUGCUGAAGAAAUGGAUGUCAUGCUAGGACAAGAAGUAGGCUAUAGCAUUCGAUUUGAAGAUUGUUCAUCUAUGAAAACAAUAUUAAAAUACAUGACUGAUGGUAUGUUGCUCCGUGAAGCCAUGAGCGAUCCUCUUCUUGAAGCUUAUGGGGUUGUACUUCUUGAUGAAGCUCAUGAACGUACAUUGGCUACUGAUAUUCUAAUGGGCGUUUUAAAACAGGUUGUGUCUAGACGUAAAGACAUGAAAAUAGUUGUCAUGAGUGCAACUCUUGAUGCUGGAAAAUUUCAGAAUUAUUUUGAUCAUGCACCAUUAAUGACUGUUCCUGGAAGAACACAUCCUGUUGAAAUCUUCUAUACCCCAGAGCCUGAACAAGAUUAUCUUGANAAUCCGGAUUUCCGGAUUUUUCGCUAACAAAUAUUUUUUUCACCUGCAGAAAUUUUGUUAUUUGCAACAAAAAAGUGGGAAAUUGAAGAAGCUUGCAAGAGAAUCAAAAGAGAGCUUGAUACAUUGGGUCCUGAAGUUGGAGAAUUAAAAUGUAUUCCACUAUACUCCACUUUACCACCAAAUCUGCAACAGAAAAUUUUUGAACCUCCUCCUCCAAAUAAACCUAAUGGUGCAAUUGGGAGGAAAGUUGUGGUAUCAACCAAUAUAGCAGAAACAUCUUUAACAAUUGAUGGUGUAGUUUUUGUGAUUGAUCCUGGAUUUGCAAAACAAAAGGUGUAUAAUCCUAGGAUCAGAGUAGAAUCUUUGUUAGUAUCACCUAUUAGUAAAGCUAGUGCUCAGCAACGUGCUGGAAGAGCUGGUAGAACUAGGCCUGGGAAAUGCUUUCGUUUAUACACUGAAAAAGCAUACAAGACUGAGAUGCAGGAACAAACAUACCCUGAGAUUUUGCGUUCUAAUCUCGGAACUGUUGUUCUGCAAUUAAAGAAGCUUGGUAUUGAUGAUUUGGUUCAUUUCGAUUUUAUGGACCCUCCUGCUCCUGAAACAUUAAUGAGGGCAUUAGAACUGUUGAACUACUUACAAAGCUUAAACGAUGAGGGAGAUAUUACAGAUCUGGGAGCUGUAAUGGCCGAGUUUCCAUUAGAUCCACAACUGGCUAAAAUGCUUAUCUCAUCAUGUGACUUUAACUGUUCCAAUGAAAUUCUUUCAAUUACUGCUAUGUUAUCAGUUCCACAGUGCUUUGUGAGACCCAAUGAAGCAAAGAAAGCUGCGGAUGAUGCUAAGAUGAGAUUUGCACAUAUCGAUGGAGACCACCUGACUCUUCUAAAUGUUUAUCACGCCUUCAAGCAGAACCAUGAGGAUCCUCAAUGGUGCUACGACAACUUCAUCAAUUAUCGAUCUUUGAAAAGUGCUGAUAAUGUCCGUCAACAAUUAUCUAGAAUUAUGGAUAGAUUCAGUCUGAAAAGGACAUCUACUGAAUUCAGCAGCAAAGAUUAUUACAUUAAUAUUAGAAAAGCACUGGUUGCUGGCUUCUUCAUGCAAGUUGCUCACCUUGAAAGAACUGGCCAUUACCUUACAAUCAAAGAUAAUCAAAUAGUUCAGCUUCACCCAUCCACUUGUCUAGAUCACAAACCAGAAUGGGUUGUAUAUAAUGAAUUCGUCUUGACUACCAAAAACUACAUUCGAACUGUCACAGAUAUUAAACCAGAAUGGUUACUGAAAAUAGCAUCCUUAUAUUAUGAUGUGAAUAGCUUCCCAUCUUGUGAAGCCAAGAGACAGCUUGAAUUCCUUGUCAACAAGAUGUCAACUCGAAAUUACCAAGAAGGAUUUUAAUGUUUUGUGUCUCUUAAGAACUGUUUUUAUUGAUAAUAACUCAUAUGGCGAACUCACUUGUAACAAUAUAGAAUCAUAAUGUGUUUCUUUUUUUGUACAUUAUUUAAUUAUGCAUUUCUGAAUUUGUAUGACUUAUGGGAACAUUUUUGUUUUAUCAUUAAAAGGCAGAUCACAUUUA